AUGGCGUUUACCAUUGCCACUCAGCCUACUACCCCUUACGAGGGACAGAAGCCUGGUACCUCGGGCCUAAGGAAGAAGGUCACGGUCUUCCAACAGCCGAAUUACCUGGCGAAUUUCGUCCAGGCAACCUUCAAUUCGCUUCCCGCUGACAAGAUUCAGGGCUGCACUCUCGUGGUUUCCGGCGACGGUCGGUACUAUUCCAAGGACGCAGUUCAGAUUAUCGCGAAGCUCGCAGCCGGCAAUGGAGUUCGCCGGAUCUGGGUGGGCCAGGACAGCCUCCUCUCCACGCCGGCUGUGUCUGGAAUCAUCCGUGAUCGCGUCGGCAUCCAGGGCGACAAGGCGUACGGAGCGUUCAUUCUGACAGCGAGCCACAACCCGGGUGGGCCGCACGAGGACUUUGGCAUCAAGUACAACUGCGAGAACGGAGGGCCGGCUCCCGAAGGGCUGACCAACCAGAUCUACCAGCACACCACCACCAUCUCCGAGCUCAAGAUCGCUGAAGGCCUUCCUGAGGUGGACAUCCACACCAUCGGGCUGCAGUCCUUUGACGGCCCGAAUGGCAAGUUCGAGGUGGAGGUGUUUGACUCCGCAGAGGACUACAUCAAACUCAUGAAGACCAUCUUCGACUUUGAUGCCAUUCGGGAGCUCCUCAAGAACCCCAAGUUCUCAUUCCUGUUGGAUGGGCUGCACGGAGUGGCGGGAGCAUACGCGGAGAAGCUGUUUGUGCGUGAGCUGGGCGUUCCAGCCUCGUCCCUUGUCAACUGUGUGCCAAAGGAGGACUUUGGUGGCGGUCACCCUGACCCCAACCUGACCUACGCACAUGACCUGGUGGAGGCCAUGGGCCUGGGCAAGCACCAGCCCGCCCAGGAGCCCCCUGAAUUUGGCGCUGCCUGUGAUGGCGACGCUGAUCGCAACAUGGUUCUGGGCAAGAGGUUCUUUGUGACGCCGUCUGACUCGGUGGCCAUCAUAGCAGCCAACGCGGUCGUCAGCAUCCCCUACUUCAAGGGCGGGCUCAAGGGCGUUGCUAGGAGCAUGCCCACCUCCGCUGCUCUGGAUGUUGUUGCUAAGGAGCUUGGACUCAAGUUCUUUGAGGUGCCGACGGGGUGGAAGUUCUUUGGCAACCUUAUGGACGCGGGGAUGUGCUCUAUCUGUGGUGAAGAGAGCUUCGGCACAGGGUCGGACCACAUCAGGGAGAAGGACGGCAUAUGGGCGAUCCUAGCAUGGCUCUCCAUCCUGGCCCACCGGAACAGCAGCAGCAGUGAGGGGCAGCUGGUGACUGUGGAGGAGAUCGUGAGGCAGCACUGGGCCAAGUAUGGCCGGCACUUCUACACCCGAUAUGACUAUGAGGGCGUGGAUGCAGAGGGUGCAAAGAAGCUCAUGGCUCAUCUCGUCGCCAGCCAAGCAGACAUUGCUGCACUCAACACGGCUGUGAAGGCAGCCAACAGCGCAGCGGCAGACGUGGUGAGGGGCGACGAGUUUGAGUACAAGGACCCCGUGGAUGGCUCUGUGUCCAGCCACCAGGGCAUUCGGUUCUUCUUUGCUGAUGGCUCCAGACUGAUCUUCCGCCUGUCAGGAACGGGUUCAGUGGGAGCGACCAUCCGAGUUUACAUUGAGCAAUACGUGGCAGAUAGCUCCAAGAUUGAUGGCAACCCGGCUGAUGUGCUUGCUCCUCUGGUUGAUGUGGCUAUCAAGUCCAUGGAUGUGCGGCCUGAAAUUCCGGCGGAGGAAGCGGCGAAUUCGGGACCUACCAGCCGGCUGAGCACGUUCUUGUCGCCGUACUACGUAGUUAAUCUCCUCGCUGUGCUCUCCGUUCUCCCCGUGCGGAUCGCCGUCGUGUCCGGAGGCUCAUUCUCGAGAGACCUUGCGGUUCUCUACAAAUGGGAGCGGCAUGUUCUCUUUGGCCUCCUCCUCAGCGCGACAUACAAGUUAUGGCGAGCCAACACAGCCGAAGCAGCCUUUUCAUCCAUCAUGUUCAACACAAAGAUGAUUCUCAUCGCUCUCCUGUGGGCUGUGGAUCCCCGCAUUUGUGUCUGGUACCUCCUUGCGUUCAUGCUGAUCUUUCUUCUUUGCCCCCAACGCUCACCAGCAACCCCAUCAGCAUCUGACGCCUUUCUUGAGCUGAUCCCGCGCCAGCUGGAGCUAGUAGCGCCAGUGGAAAGUGCCACGCCAGCAACCAACGUACCGUGCCUGGUCAUGUUCUAUGCCAGCUGGUCCCCCCCGUGCCACCAGCACAUGUCUCUCUUCGUUGACAUUGCCAACCAGUACGGCCAAGGCCCCCACAUUCACUUCGGUCGGUUGGACGUCUCUCGCUUUCCUGACGUGGCCGAGCGGUUCUCCAUUGAUACCGGCAUGUUCUCCUCUCAGCUUCCAACCCUAAUUCUCUUCCACAACGGCACCGAAGUCAACCGCCUUCCACCCCUCAUCACCUCUAGUACCAGCAGCAACAGGUUCAUCCCCCGAGCUACGCCUUUCUUUUCCCCGUCCUCCCUGGCGCCUGGGCUUUACACUCCGCCAAGACUCACGAGGAGCAUGAUAGUGGGUGCGUUUCAGCUGGACCUAUGGCACAUGAAGGGUGCAUUAGCUACGUGCAAGGCAGAGAAGGAGCAGAAGGGGAGGAAGGAGGGUCAGGCACAGGGGGAGAAGCAGGGGGAGAAGCAUCAGGGGCAGGGGCAGCAGGAGGAGAAGAAAGAGCGGUAA